GAUGAAUCCGUAUCCGAUGCCCCCACCGUACGUUUGGCUCAAGCGAUCGCAAGGUGCCGCCUCGCGUCCUCUUCGGUGCGCGAUGGCGGAGCCUAGAGGAGCUCCACCCGCCAGCGCUGCCGCCGCCUUGAUGGCUGCAGCCGUGCGCGCGGCGGUGCAGGCUCAUGCGCCUCGCCGCACCGUGGCCGCCAUCGCGCGCUCGGUCGCCUCCGCCUCCCUGCUCGCGAUGGCGUCGCGGCCUGAGGCGAGCGCUGGCGAGGCCGACGGCGGCGAGGACAAGGGCAAGGACAAGGGCAUCGGAGGGCAAGGGCCUCGGCGAGGUUCUCUGGAGGCGCCGCCGACGCCAGCGGCUGGCGGGGGCGAAGCGGGCGGCCGCUGCGGCGGACGCCAUGGACGAAGACGAGUUCAACGACGAGCCGGCUGAUGAUGGCCUGCGGCGUGAUGCGGCCCUGGCACCUGCGGCAGCCUUGCUGCCGGGGUGCGGUGCCGUCGGCGCGUGCGGCACUGAUGCUCCUCUCGCUGGAGAACCUCUUGGAGGGGCGGCCUCAGCGGAGCCUGCCUCUGCUCCUGCGGCUUCGGCGGCGGCGGCGGCGGCGGCAGGCGGAGCUCAUGCUGCCUCGGAGCAGCCGUCGGUGGAAGCGGCGCAUCGGUUCGCCGCCUUGGUGGAGGCGGCGCGUCGCGAGGGCGCGCUCGAGGCGGUUGUCCAGGCGCUGGCCGCCAAGCUGGGUCUGCCGCCCGGGUGGGGCCUGGAGCUGGGGACCCCUGCGGGCUGGCGGCGCGGGGCGGGCGGCCAGCGCGAAGCGGGCGCUCCUCCUCGACUAGCGAGCUGGCGCGGAUUUCCCGUUUGGGCGGCUGCUCCCUGGCCAGUUUCCCUGAGCCUUUGAAGUCCGCGCGUGGCACGGGCGCGCUUGCGCGCCCUCGAAGUGAGAAACUAUGCCUCCACCGCAUUGCAUUGUGGAUGUGCGAGGUACGCUGUGGAAUCGUGCGAGCGCGGGGGACAAGCGCACUCUGUGAGAGUCCGAG